GCCCGCGGCGCAGGCAGUCGGGGCGCGCGGCUGCAGCGGCGGAGCCGGAGCCGGAGCCGGAGCGGGAGCGGGAGCGGCGGCCGCAUCGCAGCCCGCCGGGCCCGCCGCAGCCAUGGGCAACCGCGGUAUGGAGGACCUCAUCCCGCUGGUCAACCGGCUGCAGGACGCCUUCUCCGCCAUCGGCCAGAACGCCGACCUCGACCUGCCGCAGAUCGCCGUGGUGGGCGGCCAGAGCGCCGGCAAGAGCUCGGUGCUGGAGAAUUUCGUGGGCAGGGACUUCCUGCCCCGAGGAUCUGGUAUCGUCACCCGACGCCCCUUGGUCCUGCAGCUGGUCAAUGCGACCACAGAAUAUGCCGAGUUCCUGCACUGCAAGGGGAAGAAAUUCACCGACUUCGAGGAGGUGCGCCUGGAGAUCGAGGCCGAGACCGACCGGGUCACCGGCACCAACAAGGGCAUCUCUCCGGUGCCCAUCAACCUCCGCGUCUACUCGCCGCACGUGCUGAACCUGACCCUGGUGGACCUGCCCGGAAUGACCAAGGUGCCGGUGGGGGACCAGCCUCCGGACAUCGAGUUCCAGAUCCGGGACAUGCUCAUGCAGUUCGUCACCAAGGAGAACUGCCUCAUCCUGGCCGUGUCCCCCGCCAACUCCGACCUGGCCAACUCUGAUGCCCUCAAGGUCGCCAAGGAAGUGGACCCGCAGGGCCAGCGCACCAUCGGGGUCAUCACCAAGCUGGACCUAAUGGACGAGGGCACGGAUGCCCGUGACGUGCUGGAGAACAAGCUGCUGCCCCUGCGCAGGGGCUACAUCGGGGUGGUGAACCGGAGCCAGAAAGACAUUGACGGCAAGAAGGACAUCACAGCCGCCUUGGCGGCCGAGCGCAAGUUCUUCCUGUCCCACCCGGCCUACCGCCACCUGGCUGACCGCAUGGGCACACCCUACCUGCAGAAGGUCCUCAACCAGCAACUGACCAACCACAUCCGGGACACGCUGCCGGGGCUUCGGAACAAGCUGCAGAGCCAGCUGCUGUCCAUCGAGAAGGAGGUGGAGGAGUACAAAAACUUCCGCCCCGAUGACCCAGCGCGCAAGACCAAGGCCCUGCUGCAGAUGGUCCAGCAGUUUGCGGUGGACUUCGAGAAGCGCAUUGAAGGCUCCGGAGACCAGAUUGACACCUAUGAGCUGUCCGGGGGCGCCCGCAUCAACCGAAUCUUCCAUGAGCGCUUUCCCUUCGAGCUGGUCAAGAUGGAGUUCGAUGAGAAGGAGCUGCGGAGGGAGAUCAGUUACGCCAUCAAGAAUAUCCAUGGCAUUAGAACGGGGCUGUUUACCCCAGACAUGGCCUUUGAGACCAUUGUGAAAAAGCAGGUGAAGAAGACCCGAGAGCCGUGUCUCAAGUGUGUGGACAUGGUUAUCUCGGAGCUGACCAGCACCGUUAGACAGUGCACCAAGAAGCUCCAGCAGUACCCGCGGCUGCGGGAGGAGAUGGAGCGCAUCGUGACCACCCACAUCCGGGAGCGCGAGGGGCGCACUAAGGAGCAGGUCAUGCUCCUCAUCGAUAUCGAGCUGGCUUACAUGAACACCAACCACGAGGACUUCAUAGGCUUUGCCAAUGCUCAGCAGAGGAGCAACCAGAUGAACAAGAAGAAGGCUUCAGGGAACCAGGUGAGUGGCCCUCAGUGCCCCGGCCCGAGGGAUGGAGGGUGCCGCACGGACACCAGGCUCUGAGAGCCCCCUCCCCCAAGGGGAAGGGUCCCACCGGGGCCAGGGAGCCCGUCAGCUGCCAGCCGCAAGCUUCCCACUGUGCCUCAGUAACCCUCUCUCCUCUCUCCCC